GCGCGGCUGGAGGAGACCGCGGAUGCAUUACCAGACAUUGUUGGAAGCUACUGGAGAGUCACGAAUUGUCGGGAAGCGGCUGGGGCGUCGGGAAGCGGCCGGGGCGUCGGGAAACGCUUAGGUCAGGAUGACGAAGCAACAUUUGGGACGGUGGGUGUAUGGGCGGCGAUAGGGGGUGUGGCUUAGGCGCGGUUUCAGUAAAUUGUAUAAAAAGGGAAUGGGUGUAUACAUUGUCAGUGCUGACUUUAUUUCCGUUUGUUCUUGCAUAAUAAACUGGGUGUUCUCCGUUCCUGGCGAGGUGCUUCUUUUAUUGGAGUGGGUGCCAAAGACGGGGUGACAGUAAGUCAGCACUCCACCAAGGUCGGUUGCCAGACUAUAGGGUGCCAUGGCCGAAGGGGUGCAAGGGGCCGACGCAAUGGAAGAUAUUCAGGAGCAGGAGAGGGAUCUCGGGACGUCUGUAGAUCCUGGGGCAGCGCUGGAAGGUCCGGUCGUUCGUCCGAAGGAAAGGAGUAUUCCACCCGUGCUGGGUGUGGAUCCAGGGAUGAAGCAGCAGCCGGCGUUACCGGAGACUGUGGAAUGGGGGUUGAGUUCUACGCUUCAGCGUUUGGAUACUGAGGGUCGGGUUGUAACGACGGACAAAGGUCCUGCUGAAGGAUGGAGGGAGAGGAGAGCGGUUAGCGGCGAAGAGGGCGAUUGGAGCUACUCCACAACCCCGGGGCAGUAUACCCUUGACGUGUUAAAGGCUAGGUUUGGGGAACCAGGAUUCCUGCCAAGACAGGGAGCGAUCCCACGCCGUCCCACUGAAUCACCUGGAUUCCGUUUGGCCAGUCCACUAUUGAGGGGGCCAACAGUACAGUCGGACCGUGGGGGGCACGGAGCUGCGAGAUUAGGACCCAUGGCUGCUACUCAGGCCAGUCCGGCCUUCCUGCCUUUGGGACCCGGGGAUCUUGGCCAACGCACUAACAUCGCAGAAGGGCAGCAUGGAGGCCAACCUGUAGCAUGGCCCACAGGUAUACCAUGGACCCCUCCACCGAUUGGAAUUACUUUUGAUGGAGAUCCGGACAAGUUGGCUAUGUUUUUGGGACAUGUGCUAAACCAUCUAGAUCGUUUCGCAGCCCAUUAUUCCUCCCAAUGGGCGAUAGUGGUGGCGGUAACGGCCAGUUUGCAAGGCGAAGCAGCUUCCUGGGCGGCUGACCUCUUUGGGGACCAUGCUAGUGAAUUGGCCGACAUAGGCGCCAAUUUUGGUGGCCUACGUUAAGAAAAGAUGUGGCACAUUACGUAAAGGCAUGUUCUGUAUGCGCUGCUUGCAAAAAUCAGCCAGGAAAGCCGGUGG